UGUGAUGCGAUUGGGACCCUGAGGCCCGCGACGAGCCGAGGCAGAUCAUUCCACCACACCUCCGGCGAGCGAGCGGGUCGUCGUCGCCGGCAUCCAUGGCCGCGGUGGUGCGGGGCGUACUCAGGGGCAUCAGGGAGAAGGGCCUCACAAACUUCCUCCGCGACGCCCGCGACGAAGGAUACUUCAAAUGCCUUCUGGAUGGGAACCUGUUGCAAACAAAAAUUCACAAUAUCGGCGCAACACUUGUAGGGGUUGACAAGUUUGGAAACAAGUACUAUGAGAAACUACAUGACACUCAAUAUGGAAGGCAUAGGUGGGUAGAAUAUGCAGAUAAAGGUCGCUACAAUGCAUCCCAAGUGCCUCCUGAAUGGCAUGGAUGGCUGCACCACAUCACAGAUAACACUGGGGAUAAGCUGCUGAACCAGAAGACUGCUAGAUACCUUGUGGAACACAAGCAGAACUUCUCAGGCGAGGGUGAGGAAUUGAUAUACCACUCCAAGGGGCACGCUCUAAACCCAGGGCAAAGGGACUGGACAAGGUACCAGCCUUGGGAGCCAAAGAAAGAGCAAGCCUCUUCCUGAGUACAUGGACUGAUGGACAUGGUAAAAUGUUGUAUCCAAUCCGAUCCUGUUUGUGUUUUCUUGCUUGCGUUGGGUGUUGCAUGGCUGGAUGAGUCAGUCACCGGGCUUUGGGUUCGUGAACUGAACCUGAAUAAUGUGCUGGACACCAAUACUGUAUAAUUCGAUCAUCUCUGUUUAAUUGUGAAAGAUUGUUACUGUUGUUAAAUCAGCUUUGCGGAA